GAGAGUUAUAAACAGCCUUACGAUGCACGCCUCGCCCUCAAGGAGCCAGAGGAUAGGAAGAGGCGGCUAGGACGACGUGAUGGCGUCAUACGCAGCCUUUCUCCGAGCGAAGUUCUAACGGCGCGAUUUUCAAAAUGGAGCCUCGCAAGGAAGGGGUUUCUCCCCGACCCCCAUAGUGGGGAGUGAGAGGCCUGCGGAGCGGUGGCGAGAGAGAAAGACGCGCAUUAGCCGGCCAUGCAGUAGCUAUACGAAAGCAAUAAAGUGACGCGGGAGGAGUGGGCGCCGCUGCCGCCAUGGCGUCCUACAUCGGCGAGAAGAUUGAGGAUUUCAAGGUGGGGAACCUUCUGGGCAAGGGCUCCUUUGCAGGAGUCUACAGAGCAGUAUCCCUAAAAACAGAUCAAGAAGUAGCCAUCAAAAUGAUUGACAAAAAGGCCAUGCAUAAAGUUGGAAUGGUGCAGAGAGUUCAAAAUGAAGUGAAGAUACAUUGUCAACUAAAGCAUCCCUCUAUACUUGAGCUGUAUAACUACUUUGAAGAUAGUAAUUAUGUGUACCUGAUACUGGAGAUGUGUCAUAAAGGAGAAAUGAGCAGAUAUUUAAAGAACAGAAAAAACCGUUUCUCUGAAGAAGAAGUUCGGAACUUCAUGCACCAGAUUAUUACAGGGAUGUUAUAUCUUCAUUCCCAUGGAAUAUUGCACCGGGACCUUACAUUGUCUAAUCUUUUACUCACCAACAAUAUGUACAUCAAGAUUGCUGACUUUGGACUUGCAGCCCAACUGACAAUGCCUCAUGAAAAGCACUACACAAUGUGUGGGACUCCUAAUUACAUUUCUCCAGAAAUAGCCACAAGAAGUGCGCAUGGGCUUGAAUCUGAUGUCUGGUCCUUGGGAUGUAUGUUCUUCACUCUUCUUGCUGGAAGGCCACCUUUUGAUACCAAUACAGUAAAGAACACCUUGAACAAAGUGGUGCUGGCAGAUUAUGAAAUGCCAAAGUUUUUGUCAGAAGAGGCCCAAGACCUUAUUCACCAGUUACUUCGCAAAAAUCCAGCAGAUCGUUUAAGCCUUUCAUCUGUAUUGGAUCAUCCUUUUAUGUCCAGGUGUAGCUCAGCAAGAAGUAAAGAUCUGGGAAAUGUAGAGGAUUCAAUGGACAGUGGAAAUGCCACCAUUUCUACAGCUUUUACAGCCUCUCCCAGUGUCAGUACGAGUGGCUGCUUAAAGGAAAAGAGAAGACUUUUAGGGGGUCAACCACUUCCCAACAAAAUUACCAUUCUUCCUAAGAAUAAGAAUGCCAGUGAAGUUUCAUCUGGGUACGGAAGUAGUUCUCAUAACAAUUGGGGACUUCCAGCAAAAGAAAUGGACAAUACUGGUAGGGGAAGAGCAAUGCAGCUGAUUGAAGAUAGACCUCAUUCACGCUACCUCAGGAGGGCACACUCCUCUGAAAGAUCAGGCACAUCCCAUAGUCAGAGUCAAGGAAUACUAAAUCAUGUGGAGAGAUGCCAUUCCAUGGAAAUCCUCUCAAAGCCCAGAGGAGGACUAAUAGAAAACAUAAAGGACUUUUCACCUGCAAUUAGUCAUGAUGAUAUUCCUACUGUAUUUAAAGAAAAGCUUCCCACUAGCUCUGGCUCAAUGGAAGAACAUCUCUCUCCACCGGUGAAAGAGCAUACUUGUUCAAAUUAUCACUGUCCAAUGAAGCCCAGCGUUGGUUUAUUAGAACCGAAGUUCCAAGCUGAAACAAUGCAUCAGUGGUUUGGAAAUAUGCAACUAAAUGCUCAGACACAGGAACCUUCCUAUAACAGCAGCAUUAAGAACGCAAAAGGAGAUUAUCAAUUCCAUCUUGGUGUGCCUCAAGAAACAUUGAAAAAUGCAUGGAAUGGCUUAAAAGGCACAAGAUCUCCUGACUGUGUACGAUCAACAGCACCAUCUGUAGGACCACAGGACAUGAGGAAAUACACUGCUGAGAAGGCUCUGACAGCGCCUGCAUUUGGUCUCCAUCUAGUGUCUGAAAGCAGAAAAAACAGAGGGAAAGAGCCACAAUAUGGAAAUACAAAACCUACACUGCAAAGUAUUGUAUCUCCCCUGAAUGCUCAUAGACUAAAACCAAUCAGACAAAAAACAAAAAAUGCAGUGGUGAGUAUUCUAGAUACAGGAGAAGUAUAUAUGGAAUUCCUAAAAGAAUAUAAUUCACAAGAGUUUGUAAGAGAAGUUCUGAGGAUAUCUUGUGAUGGAAGUGCGGUCACAGUUUACCACCCAAAUGAAGGAAGAGGCAUCCCUCUUAAUGAUAAACCACCACCACCUCCUGAAGACUUAAAUAUAUAUAGUUUCGACAACUUGUUAGAGAAGUACUGGAAAAAGUAUCAGUAUGCUGCUAAAUUUGUGCAGUUGGUAAGAUCCAAAACUCCCAAAGUCACUUUCUAUACAAGAUAUGCCAAGUGCAUGUUGAUGGAAAAUUCUCCUCCUGCAGAUGUGGAAAUUUGUUUUUAUGAUGGAGCAAAAAUCCACAAGACAGCAGGUGUAAUUAGAGUAAUAGAAAAAUCUGGAAAAGCCUACACUAUAAAAGAAGAAAGUAAAAUUGGAUUAGAGAAGGAUAUACAAAUAUAUGUGGAUCAUGCAAAUGAGGGCCAUCGCAUUUGCCUUGCACUGGAAUCUGCUAUUUUGGCAGAAGAAAGAAAUGAAGGUGUUCAAUUUUUCCCCAUUGUUGUUGGGCGGAAACCAGGAAAUCCUGAGUCUCCAAAGGCAGUGGCAGUCCUUCCUGCUUUGGCAGAUUCAAGCCCUUCUUUAGCAGAUAUAGCCUUGGUGAAGAAAGAUGCUGCCACUAGACCUGACUGUCCAAGUCAAGCAUCUAACAUUAAUCCAUCUAUGUCAGCAUAUGAAGGAUCUGCAUUCACAGCAGCAACGACUGAAUCAAGGAGCAUCCCAAAUCACCCAAAUGAAUGUGUUGUAAAUUCAGCUCAACUGCUGAAGUCUGUCUUUGUAAAGAACGUUGGCUGGGCUUCUCAGCUGACUAGUGGAGCAGUAUGGGUUCAAUUUAAUGAUGGAUCCCAAUUGGUUGCUCAAGCUGGCGUUUCCUCCAUCACAUACACAUUUCCAGCUGGAAAUACAGUUCGGUAUGGAGAAAAUGAUAAAUUGCCAGAGUACAUCCAAGAAAAGUUGCAUUGUUUGUCUUCCAUUCUGGUAAUGUUUACCAACCCAGUGGGUCUCCACUGACAAACUGUUGGAAUACGAAGGCUCUAAGAAAUAACUUGAUGGUAAUGAAGAGAAAUUACUACUAUAGUGAACGAAGCAUAGCCUCCUCGAUGAGCUUACACCUUCCUGGCUGGAGUUAAAACAUAUGAUGAUAAAGAGUUGCUGUGUUCUGCUUUGCUAAGCACUUGUAAAGCUUUUAAAACUAAGAUCAAUCAAGGUCAAAUUACUUGCAUUUUAAUAUAAUGUAUUAUAGGAAUUUGCUGUGACCACCGUUACAGUUACUUUUCAUGAACAGAGUCUGAACUCUAUAUGUGUAUGUGUAUUCUCUACUGUUCUUAUAUCUCUGAAGUCAAAGACCUCUCUGCUGUUGCAGUAUUUGUGCCUGUAAAUAUCUUGUAUUUUAUGUUACUUCCAGCUAAUUUGUAAAGUAUUGUUUUAUAUUUUUGUAACUGUUUUUCUAAUGAAAUAUCCCUGCAAGAAGCCUUAAAAAAAUAAAUGCAGUGGUAACUGUUCA